AUGUCUCGUGCACGCACUUCAGAUGAAAUUUGGUUGGCAAGGAAUUUGGAUAAACUUGACGAACUUUUACAUAAUUAUCCAAAAUUGCCAAAAAAGCCGUUAGCAGAGAGCAGCGUGUAUAUAAUUGGCAUGGCCUCACCCGAACAUGAGGAUGUUAUUAACCAGCUUAUAAAAUUUUUCGAAGUUCCUAAUGGAGGAAUUGUUGGCAACCUUCCCGUAAAAGUCUCUGGACAACCUCUUCACUAUGAGCCUGGUGGAAGUGGAGUUGAAGUAGCUCCUGAUGUUUCUGUACGCCCAAGUACAACUUUUGUUCCAAGACCUGCCGAUUCCAUCGUAAUACCUCGUCCUCCCAGUGAUAUACAUAUUUUAUUUCCAAGACCAGGUGUGCGAGAACCUGGAACUGGAUAUUUUUUUAGAUCAAUGACGGCAAAACUUUACCGUCAAGGAAUGGAAACACAGCGGUGGGAUUUUGGGAAUGUUUUAAAAUAUUCAAGGGAUCCUAUUGCUAAUAUUAAUGAUCCUAAUCUUUGCAACACACCAAACGAUCCAAGGUUUCAGAUAAAUAUUCCCAUAAAAGAAGUAUUUUGGGACCCACAGUUUCCCAUUCCACUUAAUUAUGUUCCAUUAAUCCCGACAAACUUAAUUGGUAACGAAUUUAAUAUUGACUUGUACUGGAUCCAGAGAAUAGCUUUAGAAGCUGCAAUGCAAACAGCCAUGAUCACGUGA